AAACGCCACGAGCAGUGCACCACCCUCUUUGGAUGGUAUCACUGAUUUCGCAUCUGUUGUUUUACUUCCUACCCUACUACCCAUAUAGAUCUCUCUCCAUUAUUUCGUUGGCAGACUUGCGUGCUCCUCUAGUUUGAGUCGUGAAAUAUAACGAAUCAGCCCCUAAUCAUCAUCGACUAUUCGUGUUUUUACUAAUAUAGGGGCUAAUUAGGGUUCUGAUAUUUGGGCAAUAUGUAAAAGGGGUUCUGAGUUAUGGCUUUCUGAUGGCAUUUGUUGUUGUGUCUCUGUCUCGAACCAUGCUUCACUAAGGCUCUGUUUGAAAUUGUGGAAUUAUUAUUAUAAUAUUUAGAAGAAAAGCAUUUGGAGGGAAAUUACAAAAAAUAAAUAAAAAAAACAGUUUCUCAGUUGUUCAUAAAAUUUUCUCUGCAAAACUUUUCAAUAGUUCAUAUUUGAAGGUGAAGGUGAUGGGUCCGCCACUCCCAUCAUCGAGAUUCACGCGUCCAAAGGGAGGGAAAUCGCAGUCGAGUCCUAAUCUUUACGUGGCCAACUGUGGUCCUGCUGUGGGGCUCUCGUAUGACACCAUAGCUUCAGUAUUCGGGUCAUUUGGUGAGGUGAAAGCAGUGAAUCCUGCUGAUGGCAGCGGCGUUCGAGUUAUUGUGUCGUUUGCUGAAGAGGGUUCUGCCCGAAACGCCUUGGAAUCACUCCAUGCUCGUCCUUGUCUUCAACUUGGAGGCCGUUUUUUGCAUAUUCAGUAUUCCUUUCUUCAAACCCUUUCACUGGGACAGGUCAAUGAUCCUCUUCCAGUAGCUUUAACGGCUUCAGAGUUGAACAUUUCGGGCCUUUACUUGUUGCAUGACUUUGUCAGCCUUGAAGAAGAGAGGGAGUUGAUUGCAGCAGUUGAUGAAAUGCCCUGGAAUAAUCUUUCAAAAAGGAGGGUUCAACAUUAUGGAUAUGAAUUUUGCUAUGAAACAAGGAAUAUUAAUGCAAAGAAGAAGUUGGGUGAACUUCCAUCAUUUAUUUGUCCUGUGCUAAAGAAACUGUCGAUGUUUGCAAAGCUUGAUAUUCCUGCACAUAUAGUUUUGGAUCAAUUGACGGUUAAUGAGUAUCCGCUUGGGGUGGGUUUGUCCCCACAUAUCGACACCCAUUCUGCUUUUGAAGGAUUAAUUUUGAGCCUUUCACUGGCAGGGCCUUGCAUUAUGGAGUUCAGAAGAUACGUAGAUGGUGAUUGGCAUUCUAAAGCUUCACUUGGUUCUGAUGUGGAAGAUAACAAAACUGAUUCAAAUUUUGUAAGGAGAGUUAUCCAUCUUCCUCCUCGGUCUAUGCUACUGUUAUCUGGUGAGGCACGCUAUGCUUGGCAUCACUACAUACCACACCAUAAGAUUGACAUGGUGAAUGAUGAAGUGAUAAGAAGAGGGGCAAGGAGAGUGUCUUUCACGUUUCGUAAGAUGUGUUUUCUAGAUUGAUAUUUGGCUGGAUAGGAAAAGAAGGCAAGGAAGGACUAGUUGAUUGAUCUGGUUGGAUAGGAAAAGAAGGCAAGGAAUGACAAGUUGAUUGAUCUGGUUGGAUAGGCAAAGAUGGCAAAGACUGAGCACUUUGAUGUUCGUGUGCGACAACAUUAGGUUGAGGAAAUGCAACUUGAUAAACCUGAAGAGUUUCCCAAACCUGAUAUUCCUGUGUAUGCUCCCCCUGAAUACCAGAUUUGGGAAAGAAAGACUGAUGUUCAGAAAAGGUGGCAUCUAUAGUGUUAUAGACCCUUUUUGUAAUUGGAGAGUAAUAUUUGUACCAUUUUUGAGUGUUGGAAUACCUGAUGAAGAGAUACUUGUGAGACUUUGGAUCAAAUUUUAUUCUUUUGUGAUUAUAAGCAUGGACAAAAGUUGUACAUCUGAAGACUUUGAAGGGAAGACCUGAGGAGAAGGCUGAGAUAUGAGGGAAUGUUGCAAGUGACAAAUUUCUUGGUGCUUUGAAUUGUAGUACACGGCUAGGCAUAUGAUUGAUGAGAUAGGUGGUUGUGAGUAAAGCUUCCCUCAAAACUGUUUAGGAACAUGAUUUGAGAACAUGAUAUGUCUAGAAACUUCAAGAAGAUGUCUGUUUUUUCUCUUAGCCACUCCAUUUUGUUGCGGAGUAUCAACACAUGAACUAAUGUGAACAAUUCCUUGAUCUAACAAGUAUCAACCAAGAAUUGAGUUAAAGUAUUCCUUUCCAUUA